UGCGUCAUAAGGCCGCGCCCUGCUUCACUUCGUUAGCGCUCUUGGUCCGGGCGUCCCGAGGGUUGGGAGGCCUCCCGGGGCAGGUUCCCCCUCGGUUCUUCCCAAUGGAGGAAGCGGUGCUCUGGGCUGCAGUCCCGAAUGCACACAGCCCUCACUGGACGGCGACGGCGGCGGCGCUGGCUGUGCGAACGCAGGCGGAGGUGGCGCGUGCGGCCUGCGCGGGGGUGUGAGCCGAGGUGACUAGGGACGGGGCGCCUGCGGACUCAGGAUCGCGAUUUGAAGACUGGACUAUCCUGCCUCCAACACCCAGAGCUUUCUCUGUUCUGUAGUCAAUGUGAUUCAUUAAAGUAGCAAACGAAAUGAGCCAGGGGCGUGGAAAAUAUGACUUUUAUAUUGGUCUAGGAUUGGCUAUGAGCUCCAGUGUUUUCAUUGGAGGAAGUUUCAUUUUGAAAAAAAAAGGCCUUUUGCGACUUGCCAGAAAAGGCUCCAUGAGAGCAGGCCAAGGUGGUCAUGCAUAUCUUAAAGAAUGGUUGUGGUGGGCUGGCCUGCUAUCAAUGGGAGCUGGCGAGGUAGCCAACUUCGCAGCAUAUGCCUUUGCACCAGCCACCCUAGUGACACCCUUAGGAGCACUCAGCGUCCUUGUAAGUGCCAUUCUUUCUUCUUAUUUUUUGAAUGAAAGACUUAAUCUUCAUGGGAAAAUUGGAUGUUUGUUAAGUAUCCUAGGAUCUACAGUUAUGGUCAUUCAUGCUCCAAAAGAAGAAGAAAUAGAAACUUUAAAUGAAAUGUCUCACAAAUUAGGGGAUCCAGGUUUUAUGGUCUUUGCAACACUUGUGAUUAUUGUAUCCUUGAUACUAAUCUUUGUGGUGGGGCCUCGCCAUGGACAGACAAACAUUCUUGUGUACAUAACAAUCUGCUCUGUGAUUGGAGCACUUUCAGUCUCCUGUGUGAAAGGCCUGGGCAUUGCUAUCAAAGAGCUUUUUGCUGGAAAGCCUGUGCUGCAACACCCCUUGGCCUGGAUUCUGCUGCUGAGCCUUAUAGUCUGUGUGAGUACACAGAUUAAUUACCUAAACAGGGCCCUGGAUAUAUUCAACACAUCCAUUGUGACUCCAAUAUACUAUGUAUUCUUUACAACAUCAGUUUUAACCUGUUCUGCUAUUCUUUUUAAGGAGUGGCAAAAUAUGCCUGUAGAUGAUGUCAUUGGUACUUUGAGUGGCUUCUUUACAAUCAUUGUGGGAAUAUUCCUGUUGCAUGCUUUUAAAGACGUCAGCUUUAGUCUAGCAAGUUUGCCUGUGUCUUUUCGAAAAGAUGAGAAAACUAUGAAUGGCAAUCUCUCUAGUAUGUAUGAAGUUCUUAAUGAUGAAGAAAACUUAGCCUGUGGAAUUGAACAUACUGGUGAAAACAUCUCCCGAAGAAAUGGAAACCUGACAGCUUUUUAGGAAAAUGUAAUUAAAAGGUUGAUCCUGAAUUGUUAUGAAGUGGAUUUAAAUAUCAGAAUGUGUCUAAAAAAGCAUUGUCCUCAAUAAUGUUCUCCAGAGACAAUCCUUUUUAAGGUUUCACUAAUUUGGACCAACAAGCUUCUUACAUUUAAGUGAUGGUAGCUCAUGAAAAUGACCUCAGUACAUAUUAACAUUGUAUUAUUGUAGAGAUUUUUAAAUCUUCCUUUACCAAAAUCUAAGUGCACUAAUGACAGUUCCAAAUCUAUAAAAAUGCUUUAUUUUUUCAUUGGUGAUGAAAGUCUGAAGUGUACAUUUGUCAUUCCUACUUUGUCAACUCGUGAUUUUUUUAUUUUAAAAAGAAUGAAAUACUCUUCAUACAUUGCAA